AUGAAGCCAUGUACCACUUUUAGUCUCCUGCUCGCACGCAGGCACAAAAUCACAAACGACUUUAAUUUUGUAAAAACGUUAAAACGACGCGUAACAUCGCAAGAAAGCGCAAAUUCCGAUUUCGAUUGCCCUAUUAUCGGACCUGUCGAGCCAAAAAUAGGAAAAGUGACGCGCCCACGUGCAGCGACUGCCGACGCUGCCACCAUCGCGGCCAAGCUACAGGCAUGUCGCUCCGACGUCGUAUCGUCUCCAGAAUGUCAAGCAGCAAUUGAUGACGCAGUAGCUUUUGUGACGGCGUCCGAAGAGCGCUGGAUCGUGGCGAUGCAGAUGUCAAUUUCGUACUUAAGCGAAGAGUCAAGUACGUGUGCGGUGCGAGAGAAGCUACUAGACGCUCUACUAGCUUGGAUCGCCCAGGAAUCCGUGCAACAGAUUGAUGCUGUAAUGGAAGUGCUGCUGCAGUUGUUUCGAUACGCCACGACCCGUGCAGGCGACGGUGGAGAUGUUCGAAGGUGGCUUCAAUUAGGAGAUCGAGUGCUGGCUAUAUGGCGUCAGAAUACGGCGUUGUUGAAGCAGCAGGAGACUACGGAGAUUGAACAGAGGGUGCGAGUUGAUUGCGGAGAAUCGAAAGGUUAUUUGGUGAAGAUCGCGUCGUUGUUGAUGCAACUGCGCGAAAAGGGAGUGACAGACGACAAUGCUACGCGUGACUUGCGACUCGAGACGUUUGUGUGGAAGAAUGUAGUCAAGUUGGCGGCGGUCUUUGGUUGUACGAUGACUAGUGGUGCUGGAACAGGGGAUGACGCUGGUGAUAAGGAUGGAACGGGAACUUUUAGUGUGGAUGACAUGUUGGCUGCUAUUGUGGUCUCGUUGGAAUGGAGUGCUGGUCAGUUAUUACGCGAUUUAAAUGGAUCAUCUAUCGAGAUGCUGGAUAUGGGUGUGCUGAGGUUUCUAAAGCUGUACUGGCGAGUAUUGCAGCGACUGGUUGCAUUUUUUGCGGGUUCUGUGGAGCGCGAGCUGGAAAAUUGUGUCUUGGCAAUUGUUAAUGUUAACGCAUGUUUGCUAUACGCUGCACAGCACGACUGGGUCCUGAAGGCUUCUGGAUCUCAGCAAGAGCUGCGGGACAUGGCUGAUCAAGCACUAGAUAUUUCUGAGAAGCUAGCGGGGAGUGCUAUUGAUCGCCAAAUUAGGAAGAAAAUGCGCGUUUUACUUUGGUAUCCUGCUGAAGAGAUGGUGCGUGCGGUAAGGCAGCGUCAACAGUCGAAUAAGGCGAAUACGGUCAUUGAGAGCGCGAUUCGGUGGAGCCACCUUUUAUUACUGACUGUAUUUGCGGGUCCAAGUGGAGACGUCCUCACGGACAGCACUGGGGAAGUUAUAUCAAGUGACGAUUUCCACAGAGCUGCCGAAGUCACGCAGCUGUUUGCACGAUACCGAAAAUGUGAACUGACUGAUCCGAAGUUCCACUCGAUCGAAGUAACUGAGUUGUUCACGGAUGUGAUGCUAGGAUGCCUUGUAAGUUUUCGUAGCACGGCAGAGCUACAGUUGGCGCUUUUAAAGCAAACGCUGUAUCCCGAUUGGUCCCAACAAACACUAUGCUGGGAGAUCUGGCGGGAACUUUUGUGCUUCUGUUGGGCCGAAGCGCUUGGUGCGCAGGUCCUCCAGAUGUUACUUGAUACCACACAGUGGAACGAUGAAAGUUCCGAUGGAUUGUUCGUGCUGGCGAAUGGAGUCGGAGAUGAAGUUCUCCGCUUGAUUGCGUUCGUGUACGCUGAUUUGCCUAUCUCUCUCCAGGAUAUGUGUAUGGACCAAGUAACUGCAGUUAUCGAUUUAGUCAGCAGUGAAGGCCCUGGUCAUGAGUUUAAUGUGAAAGUGGCAUCCCAAGCGCACCUGCUCGAGAGACUAGUUGGUGUUCGACUUUUGGCAUUGUACAAUGGACCGAUGAAGGAGGAGUGGGUUGCUAAGUAUCUUCCCAUCUGUUUCCAGUGCUGUAGUACAAUUCUCGACCUCUUGUCGUCUAAGGCUAAAGCAUUACCGGACGAGCGUGGUAGCGUUCUUGGAAUGAUUCGCGUACUUGACAUAUGCCUUCUUGUAUUGAGGAGCAUUUUAGAUGACAGUAUGCUGAAGAACGGUGAUUUUAUGGAGUUUUCGGUCAUUUUGGUUCGUAUAUCUACCGACGCGUUAUCACAGCUUGCAAUACAUGGCAAGCAGGCUAUGGUCGUACAAGUGGUGGGGAGAGGUCUUCAGCCGCUGUCGAAGCGAUCGAGCCAAAGUGUGACGCUGGAGGAGGCUGCGUUGCGAUGCAUUGAACGGGCUACUGAAACGUCUUUGUAUUUACUUACAAGGCUUGGAUCUGUGCUCAAGUGUAAUUCUAAGAACCGGUGCGUCCAAGCAAUAAAGGACCUGACCACGAUAAUGGCAAAUGGGCCAAACUUGAAGCACAACGGUUCCCUAAGCGUAAUGGUCCAUACGGCACUUUUUGUGGACGCAGCGCUGUUUGAUAUGCACAUAGCUUGUGAGGACUUGGCUGUAACUUGGCGACUGCUGCUCGCUCUCUUCAAACAGAUCUUUGAUCGUACCUACAUUAUGAGCUGCCAUAAUACCCGAGCGCCAUUACUUCUUUCGUUGAGCCUCGAUGCCUUGUACAAGUUGUUUGCGCACUCAAACAUUGUCGAGGUGCCGGGUGUGAGUCUACGUUUAAUAGUAUCUGGAGAAUUUGAGUCGUUCCGACAGACCGCAUUGAUGCGAAAGCUUUCUUCGGAAGAUGUGGCGAAGGCGUUGGAGAUAGUUCAAUCUCGUAUGGUGCAGUCUCUUCAGCGGAGCCGCCAUGUUCAAUACUGUGCUUUCAGCGAUCGUUUUCGUGAUGAACCGUCCGAACUGUAUACGAACCCUAAUGAAGGCAGCAAAGAUGUCUCGGUGACAACACGAAAACGGCCUGCAGACGAAUCAGGAACCUUCCCGCAGAAGUGCCACAGGAUCAAUCAUCUCAUUUCGCUUUGCCGAGAAAUGGAGUCCUCGCUCUCGUCAAUGACCGAUAACGAGACGGCGGCGAACAUCUUGCCCGACAUGGAGCUUGAAGACGCCACGAUAGUGCUUCACAAGAUUCUUGCUAAAACGGUUCCAUUGUUGUGA